AUUCAGCCUUGCUCCAUGGAGGAGCAGGAAGACAACUUUGUGCUUUCCCUCAGAGCCAACACCAGCAAUUGCAGCCUUGAGACUAACCAAACAUGGGCCCCAACAUGCUGGUCAGAAGCAAACAGAGGUGGCCCAGAGGUGGUGAUUGUACCGGUACUAUUUGUGUUGAUUUUCCUCCUAGGAACGGUGGGAAACACAUUGGUACUGGUUGUUUUGGGAUGUCUCCGGCCCCGGGGACGCCUAUCACUCAGUGCUACCAACAUCUUCAUCCUGAACUUGAGCAUUGCAGACUUCUCCUUUCUGCUCUUCUGCGUCCCUUUCCAAGCCACCAUCUACUCCCUGCCAGAGUGGACCUUCGGUGCCUUCUUUUGCAAGUGGGUUCACUACUUGACCAUGGCAACAAUGUUGGUCAGCAUCUUUACUCUGGUGGCUAUGUCUGUGGACAGAUAUAUUGCUGUGGUUCACCCUGCCAAGCGUUCACCCUGUUUCCGCAGCAAGCGCAACGCUGCCCUCGGCGUGGGUGUCAUUUGGCUGCUGUCUCUACUCAUUGCCAUCCCUGUAGCUCAGCAACAGGCCCUCAUGAGUGGUUAUCAGCAAGCACCCAACAGCUCCUUCUGCUGGGAGCACUGGGUAGAUGUUUCAACAGCCAAGCAGAUGUACAAGAUUAUCAUCCUGCUGGUGGGAUACCACCUGCCCCUGGUGCUCAUCACCUGCUGCUAUGCCAAGGUUUUAUAUCAUCUCCAUACGAAAGUAAAGAACAUUUCCAAGAAGUCAGAGAGAUCAAAGAAGAAG